ACGGCCUUUGUAACGGCUGUUUUUCGCCUUUAUUUUGCUGCACUUGAAGGUUUCUUUGCCGUGAACUUGAUUCUUGAAAUUGCUUGGAAAGAUCAGAGCUUUCGUCUGAAAGUGACGCCGAACAAAAUUCCUGUAGUUUUUGAAGAGGCCUUGGAUAAAUUAUAUAUUUCAUCCGCCGUCCACAGUUCUACCUUGUGGUUCACUGCGCUCGAAACGACACAGUCGUUGAUGCAUCCUCAUCUUUGAUUACCGAAACAUCAUCAGGCUCUUCCUAUGCAGACACUCAACGGAUACAAGACGAAAAAGGGCCUCCCUCCUUCCCCGCCGUACCUCUCCCUCCCCCCUCCUCAGAUCCCUCUUCCAGAACCAUGCGGUGUCAAACGGCAACGGGGAGAUAUCGAGUAUGGGGACUCUGUUGAUCUGAAUUCAUAUGUAGACGUUCUUAAAGUUCCUUAUGCAACAGACCGCUGCGUUAACAGCCUUUCAUGCGAAGAGCUCAAGUACGCCCGGCUGUGGGCAAGCCAGAGAAUCGAAAAAUGCUUGUAUAUUGAUGAUAUCAUGCUUCCCAAAUCUGAUGAAGAGUACUCCUUCAUGUGGCCAAAGAGGUUGCACAAUCAAGAGCUACAGUGGCGCAAUGUAGAAAACAUCACUGCUUUAUACGCAUCUGAGCCCCGCACGCGCAUUCAAAACCUCGAAGUCCCCAAAAAGAUAGAAGAAUGCAUGACAUCCAUUCUCAUGUCGCUAGCUGAUGCAUCAGCCAUGGAGGAUAAUGAUGUCGAGGGCUUGAAAAUGCGAUUUGAAACAGUGCUUGACCCAUUAGUCAAACUGUUAAGCAGUGCGCCAGCGGUCUUGCCAUGUGAGACACAUGAGAUUUGGAGGACCAUUGUUACAUUGAAUAGAAACGAUGAGACAGCCACCAUUAUACCCAGCGCCAACGUUCGCUACCCCACUCCCCGACAAGAGGACCUAUUACGUGACACCAUGCUCCUGCUCCCCAUCGCCAACCGCCAUCUCGCCCAGUACCUUCUCUCAUUUGCAUGCCACAUUAGCCGCACUGCUCCCGCUCCUUAUCAAAGUGCCGCAAAGAAAACAAUAUCCGAAAUCAUCGGCCCCCAAAUAACGUCCUCUCCAAACACACAAAUCACACCAACAUCCACACCCAGAAAAUCAAAGAAACCCACCUGGCCUGCGUAUCUCUUUGAACUCUUGAUGUACGCAGGAGAUCGACAUACCAAUUCUGCGGAUAUUCUACAGAGGGAUUGCAGGCUUUGGCGGAUCCCUGAAGACCUUGCGUUGGAACUUUCCAAACACACAUCAAAGACCCCUUUUCCCACUCCGAAGCGCCGCGUUUCCUCGUCAGUCAUCCUUGAACGUCGCGCAAUAGAUAAAGAAAAAAGAAACACUUGUCGAAAGUUAUUCGACAAGGAAACGUCCCCAAAGAAGACUGUUAUGAGUAUGAGAAAUUGGGUCAGCGUUAAUCGGGAGGGACAAACAGUGGAGUCGCGAUGCGUCGUGCUGGAUCGAGAGAUGUGGUGUAAACGGCGCCGAGUGGAUAGGACGCAAACCUACCGACUCUCGCGGAUCUCAAUUGAGUUUACUUGAAAGGUAUUAGAGGAGGUAAACGAAAAAGUAAACCAAACACAGGAAAAGAGAGCCUUUGUGAUGUCGAGGUUGGGUCUCUGUAUAUAUUUUGGUGAAUCGAUAAAACGGGUUUUCUCUGUAGGAAUAUCAUGUUGCUUUUCGAAUAUAUACAUUUGCGCGAUA